CCAAGGUCACAAUGUUUAGGCUACGCAGGCAAGCGAGCUCAACCUAAUGAGGCCCAGCUGAUGGGCAAGACAAGGCGAACUCGUGACAAGGUGUUGACACCCUCUCGUGCCGCCCCUAGAGCUUCCAGCGUUCCGGAGUUGUCCGCGGCGCACGCUAUGGCUUCCCGCAUCUUCGCGGCUGUGGCUCGUCGCGGUCGAUCGUGCGGCGCUUUGCUGAGUCAGCAGCAGCCUGGUAGAUUGCUUCAGGAGCGCGGGAUGGUGCUGGGUCCCGACCACACGAGCAAGUGGAUGCAGAGGGUGGAGAAGCCGUCCCCCAUGGAGCUCGUCAACGCCGUGCCGCCCAUUAUCGUGCACUCGCGCAUCGUGGCCUGCAGGGGAGGUCCCAACCCCGCCCUGGGCCAUCCAGUGGAGUACAUCAACGUGGACGCACCUGAGCCUGCUGUGUGCAAGUACUGCGGACUCAGAUUCCUCCAGGAGCACGAGCACUGAGAGGAGCAGCGGCAAUUUACUGCAGGAGAAUGGGCACUGAAGAGCUUCGCGAGUUACUGCAAGAGCACAGGCAUUGAGCAUUGAGGUCUCUGGCACUGUGGUUACCACAGCAGCAUCGGCACCGAGUGCUGGGUAGGUUCUGAACGGGAUGCAUGGUGCAUUGAUGCAUGGAGCAUUCGGAGGCAUUGUGAAAGCUUGCUUAGGUCCUCUUGUAAAGGCAGCGUGCUUCAUUUCAUCUGGGAAACAUACAUGGUUCUCGUCCAACAAAGAACUACACACACAAGAGGAUGGAUGGGCGGGGAAAUUGAACUAGAGAAACUAUAAAUGAAGAACGUGGGUGAGGCGGAAUGGCCUCACGUCCCUCUUUUGUAGGCAAAAGAGAGUGAGUAGCGCUUCGUGUCAAACAUACAAACAUAUAUAUUGUAUGUUAUAGUAGAUUAUAUAGGGUUGUGCCUUAGGGAGUACAACCCAUUAGGCUAUAUACCCCUGUAUGUCCUGUUCUA